GGUUUCUUUAAUGGACAUAGAGCCCAUCUCUUCUCAGGACCUAGCCCCGAUGACCAAAAGCUGGCCAGAUUGUGGAUACCUUGUGCCGGACUAGAGGGGACUCAGGAGAGAGGCCAUGGAGAAGUCUCCCUUUUCUUGGGAGGAAUCUACACUUGUACUUUAGAGGAAAAGGAGCUGCUGGCCCCGCCCUACUUGGAGCCGGAGCUAGAUCUUGAGGGGGUCCACCCUCUGCCUCACCCCUCUUCCUGCGCCAGCUCCUUAAUCCAGCGCCAGGAGAAGGGCCCAGGAGAUAGCAGGCCUCCUUGGCUAGCUCUACCAGCUGCAGCGACCGGCCUGCGCUUCCUCCAGGAGACAGCAGAGCGGCUCCCCAAGGCUCCUGUCCCAGAAGCCUCCCGAGCUGAGCCCUGGCUGGAGCCACCACUGCCCCCCAGGGCCUUGGCCCCCCUGACGGCCCCUGGGGGUCCUCGAGCCUGGGAUGCUGUGGACUCACUGGCCCUGAUCAGCCUUCAGUGUCACAGACUGAGCCCCCCGAGGGCCAGGAAGCAGGUGGGGCUGGGAGUGGGACUGGGUAGGGGUCCUGGCCUCCAGGCCCUGGCAGGCAGGACCCUCCGAAAACAGCCCCACCCCCAACGGGGAGCCGAGGGGCUGGAGCCAGGAUUCCAGGGUGCUGUGCUGAGGAUGCACCUGAAGCCUGAUCAGGAGGGGCACCAGCUGCUAAUCACUGCCCAGUUCAGUUCAGCCUGUGGUUCCCGGAGCUGGGGGGCCUCAACUAGUCUCAUGGGUGCAUCCACAUCAAACCAUCAAGAUCCCCCAGGGAGUAGAAGUUGUGCCUCCUGCCGAACCCAGAGAACACCACUGUGGCGGGACGCAGAGGAUGGGACCCCGCUGUGUAAUGCUUGUGGCAUCAGAUAUAAAAAGUAUGGAAUCCGCUGCCCUGCCUGUUGGACUGUACCCAGGAAGAGCAUCUGCCCGCUUGGGCAUUGUACUCGUUGUGGGGCCUGGCUCUGUACCUCACAGGGCCCCGGCAGGAGAGGGACUGAAGGCCAUGAUUCCAGCAUCCGGCCCCGGGUGCCCCGACUCCAUGGGGAGAAGGAAAAGAGCUUCCCCAGAGAAGUUGCAUUGAGGGCAGGAGAGGGACUGGGGAUCCCCAGUGGCCAGGGGCAUAGCCCUGAGCAAAUGUGGAUUCCUGCCCCAGUGGCAAGGCCUGAGCAGUGACCUCGGUCAAUUGCUCACACCCCCUGUUCAUCCAAAGAA